AUGACGCAACAGACGCCACAGAAGAACGUCGAUGUGCUCCAGGUGCCUAGUUCUUCGCCAAUCACUGACCAAUCACGCGCAGAAGCUGCCGCCAGGAACAAAGAUGCUAUUAAGAAGAGGUUCCACGACCAUGUUCACUGGCCCGUGCUUAGGAAGCGAUUCUACUACUUGGAUGAAGCCGAUCUUUUUAAAGGGAUGGUGAAAGGAAAGGGAAAUUUGCGAGACAUCUCUCUGUGGCUCGCAGAGAACGUUGAUCUCAAGGAAAAACUUCGUGAGCACGAUGCUAAGCAACAGGAGUUGAGGUUGCAGCAGAGACAGGAGAAUACAAACGGCGCGACCUGGUUUGGAGAACGUGCAUCGCUAUCAAACACGGAUCUUUCUAGACUGACUGGAUCGGAAACGCCGCUGGUGACCCUGGCUGUUUCAGCGGUCUCUACCUCAGCCGAGGUUUCUCCCGCUCCCAUAAGCCCUCAACCACAAAAUUACGAUGACGAGGAUGCAUCGCCCAUCAAGAAGCCUGGAAAAGCGCGUCAAAAACGACCUCUUCCUUCUGUAGACGCGCUGGCCUCUGCUGCCCCAGAUACAAAAAUUCAUCUUCACAAACCCAAGUUGUCCAUCUUGGAGAAAUACCGAAGCCGACAACAGCCACGCAUAGAUCAAUUCCAAAAACAGGAUGAUUCGAAGAAGCGCCGUUUGGUGCGGGCCGAUAUGGCUGAAACUCCUCCCUCGGGAUCUGUUAGUCCCUCUGUUCUGUCAUCUGUAUCAAAUCUUCAUAUAUCCAACCAACCCGGUGCUCUUACUGCGGCUUUUGGAUACACAGGCGAUGAUAUCCCUCGUCUCAAAUCCAUUUCUCUGGCGCCCAUCGAGGUGGAUGAGCUAGAGCUCUUGGAAGAGAAGAUCAAAAACAAUCGUAAAAACAAAUCGACCUCCCGUGGAUAUGACAGCGAUGCUGACCUUGAGGAAGAGGUCUAUAGUGAUGACAUGUCUGGUGAAGACGAUUUUGAUAAUAAAUUCGGUGGCUUGACAUCCAUUGACGAUCAAAUCCUUGAAUUUUUGAACCAAGCAUCUGCAGAAGACAUUAUAGAGAUCUGCAAUGCUCCUCCAAAGGCUGCCGAAUUAUUGAUUCUGCAACGUCCAUACGAAAGCAUCCACCAGAUCGCUAAUGAUACUCUAGAAGAUGCGCUUCCAGAGGCAUCCACGAAGAGGAAGUACAAAAAGAAGGCUCUUGGUCUCAAAAUUAUCGAGAGCGCUGAAUACAGCUUGAAGGGAUACAAAGCUGUUGACUCUUUAGUGAAGAAGUGCUCAGAAUAUGGAAACCUUAUCUCUAAACAAAUGGAAAGAUGGGGUGUGAAGGUAACUGGCGAGGGCGAGCUAAACAUGGUAGAUAUCGAGAUUAAAGAUGAAGCUGAUAAGAGUGAAUUGUCGUCAAAAAGCAAUGGUGCAGAGGUCCCUGAAGAUGAAGAAGAGGACGACGACAUUGUCGCUUCUUCAGCAUCCAAAAGAAGCAUCCCGUACAUCAAGCACAAGCCAACACUUCUUGCGCCUGAGGUGGAGUUGAAGAGCUACCAGCAAGUUGGUCUUAAUUGGCUCCACCUAUUGUAUCACCACAAAUUGUCUUGCAUUUUAGCGGACGAGAUGGGUCUUGGAAAGACCUGUCAGGUCAUCACUUUCAUGGCCCACUUAAAGGCUGUAUCUGAAGGCAGUGGACCACACCUAGUUGUGGUGCCUGCAUCAACGCUUGAGAACUGGCUCAGAGAAUUUCAUAAAUUCUGUCCGACAUUGGAGGUUCAAGCAUACUAUGGGUCUCAACGGGAGAGAGAAGAUUUACGCCAUGAACUUGGCGAUACACACUUCGAUGUGUUAGUAACAACAUACAAUUUGGCUUCGGGUUCAGCUCCUGAUUUCAAGUUCUUGAAGAGCCAAAACUUCGAUAUGGUGGUUUAUGACGAGGGGCAUUUGCUCAAAAACUCCAGUAGUGAGCGCUACAAUAAGUUGAUGCGUCUCAAAGCUCAAUUCAGAUUGUUAUUAACAGGUACCCCCCUUCAAAACAAUUUGAAAGAGCUUGUGUCGCUUUUGGCAUUCAUGCUUCCUGGACUAUUUGUUGAGAAAAGAGAUGAUCUUCAGGCUCUUUUCAACAAAAAAGCGAGCGUUGACGGUACUGACGACUAUAACCCUCUUCUCUCCCAGCAAGCCAUUAAUAAGGCUAAGACCAUGAUGACACCGUUUGUGUUGAGAAGAAAGAAGAUCCAAGUGCUCAAGUAUUUGCCUGGCAAGACGCACGAAGUGAUCAAGUGUGAAAUGACACCAACACAACGCCAAAUUUAUGACUCUCAUAUUUCUCGAGGUAAAGAAACUCGUCUCGAGAGGGAACGCAGGAAGACCUUGACUGGAAAGGAAGCAGAUGCUGCGCGUUUGGCUCCGAUUGCGUCGACUUCCAACGUUAUGAUGGCUCUUCGUAAGGCUUCCAUGCAUCCUCUCUUGUUCAGAACAUGUUACACGGAUGAGAAAUUAAAGGAAAUGUCCAAGAAGAUUAUGCGCGAGCCUGAGUAUGUGUCUGCAAAUGUCGACUACAUUUUCGAAGACAUGCAAGUCAUGAGUGAUUAUGAGCUCAAUGGACUUUGUGAUAAGUUUCCAAAAACCAUGUCAGAAUAUGUUCUCCCACAGGAGAAAUGGUUUGACAGUGGUAAGACAAAGAAGAUGUUGGAAGUUAUUAAACAAGUUAUUGAGAAAAAAGAAAAGGUGUUGGUCUUCUCCCUUUUCACCCAAAUGCUCGACAUUCUCGAGCGUGUGUUGAGUUUUGCGAGUAUCACCUUUGUUCGUCUCGAUGGCCAAACAAGUGUUGAAACCAGACAAGAUAUCAUCGACAGGUUCUACGAAGACAAAACAAUUCCUGUUUUUCUCCUUUCGACUAAGGCCGGUGGAUUUGGAAUUAACUUGGUCGCUGCCAACAAUGUUAUAAUAUUCGAUCAGUCGUUCAAUCCCCAUGACGACAAACAAGCUGAAGAUAGAGCCCAUCGUGUGGGUCAAACUAAUGAGGUUUACGUGACAAAAUUAAUUUCAGAACGCACCAUCGACGAAAAUAUCUUGAUGUUGGCGGACAAUAAGUUGCAACUUGACCACAGCAUUAGCAACGAGGCAGACUCCAAAUUCGAAGAAAAGGCAGUAUCGAUGUUUGAGAGUAUUCUCUUCAAAUGA